GCACAGCCUACAGCUCCGCCCGUCGCAAGGAGAGUACUAGCUGCCUUCCUACUCGCUUCCCUUCCCGUCCUCCUCCGCGUACCUCCGCUGCCUCCCCUCGUCCUCGUGCCGCCGCCGCCUCCUCCUCCUCCUCCGGCAUCGUCUUCCACCGUUCGCCGCCAUCGCCGCCGGGACACGCAAAGAUCUUGUUUUUUGGAUAGAAUAUGUCGUGCUUUGGAUGCUGUGGUGAUGAAGAUACACAAGGAGUGCCAGACUCCAGGAAUCAGUACCCAGGACACCAUCCAGCAAGGAAUGAUGCAUACCGCCCUGCUGAUCAACCUCCCAAGGGUCCUCAGCCUGUGAAAAUGCAACCAAUUGCAGUCCCUACCAUUCCUGUGGAUGAGAUUAAGGAGGUGACCAAGGGUUAUGGUGAUGAAGCUUUGAUUGGUGAGGGCUCCUUUGGAAGAGUAUAUUUUGGUGUUCUAAGAAAUGGUAGGAGUGCGGCAGUCAAAAAGUUGGAUUCUAAUAAGCAGCCAGACCAAGAAUUCUUGGCACAGGUAUCCAUGGUGUCAAGGCUGAAGCACGAAAAUGUAGUUGAGUUGCUUGGUUACUGCGCUGAUGGGACCCUACGUGUUCUUGCUUAUGAGUUUGCUACUAUGGGCUCUCUUCAUGAUAUGCUUCAUGGAAGAAAAGGUGUUAAAGGAGCUCAACCUGGUCCUGUUUUAUCAUGGGCACAACGUGUGAAAAUAGCUGUUGGGGCAGCAAAGGGCCUUGAGUAUCUUCAUGAGAAAGCACAGCCCCAUAUCAUACACCGAGACAUUAAGUCCAGUAAUGUUCUUCUUUUUGAUGAUGAUGUAGCUAAGAUAGCUGACUUUGAUUUGUCAAACCAAGCUCCUGACAUGGCAGCUCGGCUUCACUCUACUAGGGUUCUUGGAACAUUCGGAUAUCAUGCUCCUGAGUAUGCAAUGACUGGACAACUCAGCUCUAAGAGUGAUGUGUAUAGUUUUGGAGUUGUUCUUCUCGAGCUGUUGACUGGAAGGAAACCUGUCGACCAUACUUUGCCAAGGGGACAGCAGAGCCUUGUGACCUGGGCUACCCCAAGACUUAGUGAAGACAAGGUUAGACAAUGUGUUGACUCAAGACUUGGAGGUGACUAUCCUCCUAAAGCUGUUGCAAAGUUUGCAGCUGUUGCCGCAUUGUGUGUUCAAUACGAAGCAGACUUCCGGCCGAACAUGAGCAUCGUGGUCAAGGCGCUCCAACCCCUGCUGAAUGCGCGGGCGGCUAACCCUGGAGAAAAUGCCGGAUCAUAAGCUUCACUUCACUCCCCCUUCUUGUAUGAUAGAUAAGUAAGAUAUAUGAGUCGACAAUGUCGUUCUUGCGAACGUUUGCCUGGCAGCAUGUAACAUUUGUGAUUAUUCUUCCCCCGAGUUGUAAACAUCAAGAUUCUUGUACCCCCACAAUAUUUGAUUCUUUCUAUCGGUUGCAAGAUGACCUGUUUAUUGGUGGCACGCAUCGUAUAUA